CGGAAGCCGUGGCUUCACUGUGAAGAUGUAUUUUUAAUUCUGUCUACCCUUGUUUAGGGUCGGGGUUGGUUGGUAUGGUCCUUCGCAGUUUCACAUGUGUGUCUGUCAGUUUCAGAAGCUUCAUCUGUGGAGUCUGUGCGAUCACUGUUUCUUGUGUCUUCAGGUUAGGUACCGUCUGUCCAGUGUCUUUGUUUUAAUAUCGUCAUACCUACACUCCGCAUCGAAAUUCUUAAACAGGUAAACCCGGGACUCACCCCAAAAACGAAAAGAGAGCGAUUGCUGGGGUUUUGUUUUGUCUGCUGUCCCUUAAUCAAAGCAGUACAGUUUCUAGCAUAGCAAAGAAGUUUGGACAUCUGUUGGUGAAGUUUCGCCACGGCUCAGGACAAUGGGAUGCUAAAUUAAACUAUAGCAGGUAAACCUAAGCUGAAUGCAGGGUGGAGUUUCCAGUGAGCUAGACUGCUGUGGACACAGAAUGCCUCAAGUAUGGAUGUGAAAGAACGCAGGCCUUACUGCUCGCUGACAAAGAGCAGGCGAGACAAAGAACGUCGUUACACCAACUCCUCUGUGGAUAGUGAGGGGUGUCGAGUGCCUACCCAAAAAUCUUACAGCUCCAGCGAGACCCUCAAAGCUUUUGAUCAUGACUCUUCAAGGCUGCUGUACGGAAACAGAGUGAAAGAAAUGGUUCACAGGGAGGCAGAUGAGUAUUCCCAGCAAGGGCAGAAUUUUACCCUGAGGCAGCUGGGGAUUUGUGAACCGGCAACUCGUAGAGGAUUGGCCUUUUGUGCAGAAAUGGGCCUCCCCCACCGAGGGUACUCCGUGGGUGCAGGGUCAGAUGCCGACACCGAAAAUGAAGUGAUGUCUCCCGAGCACGCCAUGCGAUUGUGGGGCCGAGGAGUCAAGUCGGGACGCAGCUCAUGCCUGUCAAGCCGCUCCAAUUCGGCCCUUACUCUAACUGACACAGAACAUGAAAACAAGUCCGACAGUGAGACUGGUACUCCCAUGCCAUCCUCUUCAUCCAGUCCGUCAGUCAUUGAAUGUUCUCAUUCCCAACCUCCAUCACCCAAUCUCCAUGACAACCAGAGGCGGUUGCUAAGUAAUAAUACCACCCAGCCAGUUCAUGAAUUUGACACCGAUGAAGAAUACACUGCUGGGUUGUAUUUGCCCAUAAUAGAGUCUGAUCCAGUUCCUGUAUUUGUUCCAAGUAACGAACAACCACCCAACCAGCAAGGCCAAUCAACCUUACAGCCAGUACCACCAUUACACAAACAGCACCCAUCACAGCAGCACCCGUGUGUCACCUCCCUCAACAGAAACUCCUUGACCAGUCGGAAGAAACAAAGCCCGGCCCCCCCGGCCGCACUGCCCGCCGAGCUGCAAACCACACCCGAAUCCGUCCAGCUGCAGGACAGCUGGGUCCUAGGCAGCAAUGUGCCGCUGGAGAGCAGAAAAUUAGCAAAGCAAGCAGUUCUCGAAAAUGGGCAUGACAACCUUAUAGAGAUGGAUGUAUUUACUCCACCAUGCCACGAUGGCGGUUAUGGGGAUGGGCACUUCCUCUUUAAGACUGGCACAGGGACAACACCGCUGUUCAGCACGGCCACACCAGGCUACACAAUGGCAACUGGUGCUGUUUACUCCCCACCAACCCGGCCCCUGCCAAGAAACACACUCUCGAGGAGUGCAUUUAAAUUCAAGAAAUCCUCCAAGUUCUGUAGCUGGAAGUGCACCGCCCUCUGUGCUGUUGGCAUUUCAGUUCUGUUGGCAAUUCUUCUGUCUUACUUCAUAGCCAUGAAUCUAUUUGGACUCAACUGGCAGCUUAAAGAGACUGAAAACUACACAUUUGAAAAUGGGCAGGUUGAGUCUGAAGCCACUCCAACCAACGCAAUAACAGUACUUUCGGGUGACAAUGGAAAACUUGGUGUUUUUCUUCAAGAAAAUAACACCAUAGAUUCCGGAGAGGUGGAUGUAGGUCGCCGUGCAACACUAGAGGUGCCUCCCGGGGUCUUCUGGAGAUCGCAGGUUUUCAUCGAUCAACCGCAGUUUCUGAAGUUCAACAUCUCGCUUCAGAAAGAUGCUCUAAUUGGAGUAUAUGGAAGAAAAGGCCUACCACCUUCACACACUCAGUAUGACUUUGUGGAGCUCCUAGAUGGCAGCCGGUUAAUAGCAAAAGAGAAGCGCAGUCUCAUUGAGGCUAAGACCGGAGGCCGCCUUGUCAGGUCAGUCAGUCUCCACGAGGCAGGGUUCAUCCAAUACCUUGACUCUGGAAUCUGGCACUUGGCGUUUUACAAUGAUGGCAAAAAUCCUGAGCAGGUGUCCUUUAACACUAUUGUCAUAGAGUCUGUUAUGGAGUGUCCUCGCAAUUGCCAUGGGAACGGAGAGUGUGUUUCUGGAACAUGCCAUUGUUUUCCUGGGUUUCUUGGACCAGAUUGCUCAAGAGCUGCUUGCCCUGUGCUGUGCAGUGGGAAUGGGCAGUACUCCAAAGGACGCUGCCUGUGCUUCAGUGGCUGGAAAGGGACUGAGUGUGACGUGCCAAACACUCAGUGCAUCGACGUUCAGUGUGGGGGGCAUGGCAUCUGCAUCAUGGGGUUUUGUGCCUGCAAUACUGGUUACAGAGGAGAAAACUGUGAAGAAGCUGGAUGUGGAGGUCCUGGCUGUUCCAACCAUGGGAUGUGUAUCCAUGGGGAGUGUCAUUGUAAUCCAGGUUGGGGAGGCACCAGCUGUGAAACACUGAAAACCAUGUGCCCUGACCAGUGCUCUGGGCAUGGAAGCUACCAGGCUGAAAGCGGCACCUGUACAUGUGAUCCCACCUGGACUGGCCCGGACUGCUCAGUCGAAAUCUGCACUGUGGAGUGUGGCUCCCAUGGAAUGUGUUUUGGUGGGAGUUGCCGGUGUGAGGAAGGCUGGACGGGCUCAGAGUGUGACCAGAGAGCCUGCCACCCUCGCUGUGCGGAGCAUGGCACCUGCAAAGAUGGCAAGUGUGAAUGUAUCCAGGGCUGGAACGGAGAACACUGCACCAUUGCUCACUAUCUGGAUAAGAUAGUUAAAGAGGGUUGCCCUGGAUUGUGCAACAGUAAUGGAAGGUGUACUUUGGACCAGAACGGCUGGCACUGCUUCUGCCAACCUGGAUGGAGAGGAGCUGGGUGUGAUGUUGCCAUGGAAACCCUGUGCACAGAUAAUAAGGACAAUGAAGGAGAUGGAUUGAUUGACUGUAUGGAUCCUGACUGCUGUUUACAAAGUUCAUGCCAAAAUCAGCCGUACUGCCGUGGAUCACCUGACCCCAGUGACAUUAUUGGGCAGAGCCAACAGCCACCCCCUCAGCAAGCUGCCAAAUCCUUUUAUGACAGAAUCAGUUUUCUUGUUGGGCCGGACAGCAGCCAUGUCAUACCUGGGGAAAAUCCAUUUAACAAAAGCCUUGUGUCCAUCAUCAGAGGUCAGGUGCUAACAGCAGAUGGAACCCCCCUUAUUGGAGUUAAUGUCUCAUUUGUGCACUAUCCAGAGCACGGAUACACCAUUGCCCGGCAGGAUGGAAUGUUUGACCUGCUGGCCAAUGGUGGCACCUCACUGACUCUGAGCUUUGAGCGUGCACCAUUUCUAACUCAGUACCGCACUGUGUGGAUCCCCUGGAAUGUGUUUUAUGUUAUGGACACACUGGUGAUGAAGAAAGAAGAGAAUGACAUUCCCAGCUGCGAUCUGAGUGGGUUUGUAAGGCCCAGCCCUCUCAUUGUCUCAUCUCCAUUAUCCACGUUCUUCAGGUCAUCACCUGAAGAGAGCCCCAUCAUUCCUGAGACACAGGUCCUACAAGAGGAGACUACAAUCCCAGGCACUGAUCUCAAACUCUUCUACCUGAGCUCCCGUGCAGCAGGUUAUAAGCCUGUCCUUAAAGUGACCAUGACCCAGACUAAUAUCCCAUUCAACCUCAUGAAGGUCCAUCUCAUGGUAGCCGUGGUGGGUAGGCUAUUUCAAAAGUGGUUUCCAGCCUCUCCCAACCUAUCCUAUACCUUUAUAUGGGACAAGACAGACGCUUACAAUCAGAAGGUUUACGGCUUGUCUGAAGCAGUUGUAUCAAUCGGGUUUGAGUAUGAAUCCUGUCUGGACCUGAUCCUCUGGGAGAAAAGGACUGCCAUUUUACAGGGAUAUGAACUGGAUGCUUCUAAUAUGGGUGGCUGGACACCAGACAAGCAUCACGUGUUAGAUGUCCAGAAUGGAAUCCUGUACAAAGGAAACGGGGAGAAUCAGUUCAUUUCCCAGCAGCCCCCUGUGAUAAGCACCAUCAUGGGUAAUGGGCGCAGACGAAGCAUCUCAUGCCCCAGCUGCAAUGGCCAGGCAGAGGGGAACAAGUUGCUGGCGCCGGUUUCACUAGCUUGCGGCAUCGACGGGAGUUUGUAUGUCGGUGACUUCAAUUAUGUUCGGCGUAUAUUUCCUUCAGGGAAUGUCACAAGUGUCAUGGAACUGAGAAAUAAAGAUUUCAGACAUAGUACCAAUCCAACUCACAGAUACUACCUGGCAACUGACCCUGUCACCGGACAGCUUUAUGUCUCUGACACGAAUUCACGCAGGAUUUACCGUACAAAGAUGCUGACUGGCGCUAAAGACUUGCUGCAGAAUUCUGAAGUGGUGGCAGGGACUGGGGAGCAGUGCCUGCCAUUUGAUGAAGCGAGAUGUGGAGAUGGAGGCAAAGCUAUAGAGGGCUUACUUAUGGGACCUAAAGGAAUUGCAGUCGACAAGAAUGGUUUCAUAUUCUUUGUGGAUGGGACAAUGAUUCGAAAAGUCGAUCAGAACGGUAUCAUCUCAACACUCUUAGGAUCAAACGACCUUACUUCAGCCCGACCAUUGACAUGUGACACCAGCAUGCAUAUUAGUCAGGUGCGCCUGGAGUGGCCAACAGACCUAGCUAUUAACCCCAUGGAUAACUCCAUUUACGUCCUGGACAACAACGUUGUGCUGCAGAUAACUGCAAAUCGGCAAGUGCGCAUCGCAGCAGGGCGGCCCAUGCACUGCCAGGUUCCAGGAAUCGAGUACGCAAUGGGCAAGCGGGCCGUCCAGACCACACUGGAGUCAGCAAGUGCCAUAGCAGUGUCAUACAGCGGUGUAGUCUACAUUGCAGAGACGGAUGAAAAGAAAAUUAACCGCAUUAGGCAGGUGACAACCAAUGGUGAAAUAUCUCUGCUUGCAGGCAUCCCUUCUGAUUGCGACUGCAAGAAUGAUGUCAACUGUGACUGUUACCAGACCGGGGAUGGUUAUGCCAAAGAUGCAAAGCUCAAUGCUCCUUCCUCUUUGGUGGUCUCUCCUGACGGCACAUUGUACAUAGCUGAUCUGGGUAACAUUCGGAUUCGUGCAGUGUAUAAGAACAAGCCUCUGCUUAACUCGAUGAACCACUACGAAGUUGCUUCUCCUGCAGACCAAGAACUGUAUAUCUUUGACGUCAAUGGUACACAUCAGUAUACCCUGAGCUUAGUCACUGGGGACUACAUGUAUAACUUUAGCUACAGUAAUGAGAAUGACAUCACUGCAGUGACAGACAGCAAUGGAAAUACACUCCGCAUUCGGAGGGAUCCCAACCGCAUGCCAGUGAGGAUAGUUUCUCCUGACAAUCAAGUGAUAUGGCUCACCAUUGGAACCAAUGGAGGCUUGAAAACUCUCACUGCCCAGGGUCAAGAGCUGGUUUUAUUCACGUACCAUGGCAGCAGUGGUCUUCUAGCAACUAAAAGCAUUGAGAUUGGAUGGACAACUUUCUUUGAUUAUGACAGUGAAGGCCGCCUGACAAAUGUAACCUUUCCAACUGGGGUGGUCACCAACCUCCAUGGGGACAUGGAAAGGGCCAUCACUGUGGACAUCGAGACUUCCAGCAGGGAUGAAGACGUCAGUAUUACCACAAACCUGUCAUCUAUUGAUUCCUUCUACACUUUGGUUCAAGACCAGCUGAGAAACAGUUAUCAAGUUGGCUAUGAUAACUCCUUGAGGGUCAUUUAUGCGAAUGGCAUGGACACCCACUAUCAGACUGAGCCCCACAUUCUGGCAGGUGCUGCCAACCCCACAGUGGCACGACGGAAUAUGACCUUGCCUGGGGAGAAUGGGCAGAAUCUUGUGGAGUGGCGAUUUCGCAAGGAGCAGACCAGGGGCAAAGUCAUUGUGUUUGGAAGGAAACUGAGGGUGAAUGGCAGGAAUCUCCUCUCGGUUGACUAUGAUCGAACUUUACGGACAGAGAAGAUCUAUGAUGACCACCGGAAAUUUUUGCUUAAGAUCAUUUAUGACUCUUCGGGUCACCCAACCCUUUGGGUGCCGAGCAGCAAGCUAAUGUCUGUCAAUGUCACCUACUCAGCCACAGGACAGAUCACAAGCAUCCAGAGGGGCCCCACCAGUGAAAGAGUGGAAUAUGACAGCCAGGGGAGGAUUGUUUCCCGGGUAUUUGCUGAUGGGAAGAUGUGGAGUUUCACAUACCUUGAAAAGUCAAUGGUGCUGCUGCUCCACAGCCAACGCCAGUACAUCUUUGAAUAUAAUUUAUUAGAUCAGUUGUCUGCCAUAACAAUGCCAAGUGUUGCCCGCCACACAAUGCAGACCAUUCGCUCAAUUGGAUAUUACCGAAAUAUUUAUAAUCCUCCUGAAAGUAAUGCCUCUGUCACUGUGGACUACAGUGAAGAUGGGCAGCUGCUGAAAGUAGCUCACCUGGGAACAGGGAGGCGGAUCCUAUACAAAUACAGGAGGGAGACAAAGCUCUCGGAAAUCUUGUAUGACAGCACCCGGGUCAGCUUUACCUAUGACGAGACAGCGGGAGUGCUUAAAACAGUGAACUUACAAAGUGAAGGUUUUAUUUGCACCAUUAGGUACAGGCAAAUCGGCCCAUUCAUUGAUAGACAGAUUUUCCGGUUCAGCGAGGACGGGAUGGUAAAUGCUCGCUUCGAUUACACCUACGACAACAGCUUUCGAGUGACCAGUAUGCAGGGUGUAAUUAAUGAAACACCCUUGCCCAUUGACCUCUACCAGUUUGACGACAUCUCUGGAAAGGUUGAGCAGUUCGGCAAGUUCGGGGUAAUCUACUACGACAUCAACCAAAUCAUUUCAACCGCUGUCAUGACGUACACAAAGCACUUUGACAUCCACGGUCGCAUUAAAGAAAUACAGUACGAAAUAUUCAGGUCACUGAUGUACUGGAUAACCAUUCAGUAUGACAACAUGGGUCGAGUCACCAAGAGAGAGAUCAAAAUUGGGCCAUUCGCCAACACCACCAAGUAUGGUUAUGAAUAUGAUGUGGAUGGUCAACUUCAGACAGUCUACUUGAAUGAGAAGAUCAUGUGGCGGUACAAUUAUGACCUGAAUGGCAACCUACACUUGCUCAAUCCUAGUAACAGCGCCCGUCUUACCCCCCUCCGUUAUGAUUUAAGAGACAGGAUCACACGACUGGGGGAUGUGCAAUAUCGACUGGAUGAAGACGGUUUCCUUCACCAAAGAGGAGCAGAGAUCUUCGAGUAUAACUCCAAGGGCCUCCUAAUUCGGGUCUAUAGCAAAAGCAACGGCUGGACAGUCCAGUACCGCUAUGAUGGCCUUGGGAGGAGAGUUUCCACCAGAACUAGCCCCGGUCAGCAUCUCCAGUUCUUCUAUGCAGACCUCAACUACCUAACCAGGAUAACUCACGUCUAUAACCACUCCAGCUCUGAGAUCACAUCUUUCUACUAUGACCUCCAGGGUCACCUCUUUGCAAUGGAAAUCAGCAGCGGGGAAGAAUUCUACAUCGCUUGUGACAAUACGGGCACGCCAUUGGCUGUUUUUAGCAGUAAUGGUCUGAUGAUAAAGCAGAUUCAGUACACCGCCUAUGGGGAGAUCUACUUUGAUUCCAACCCUGACUUCCAGCUGGUAAUAGGUUUUCAUGGUGGUCUGUACGACCCCUUGACCAAGCUGAUCCACUUCGGAGAGAGAGAUUAUGACAUUCUAGCAGGACGCUGGACUACCCCUGAUAUCACCAUCUGGAAGAAAGUGGGGAAGGAUCCUGCUCCCUUUAACCUGUACAUGUUUCGAAACAACAACCCUGUCAGCAAAGUGCAAGAUGUAAAAGAAUAUGUCACAGAUGUCAACAGCUGGCUGGUGACAUUUGGUUUCCAUCUGCACAAUGCCAUUCCUGGAUUCCCUAUCCCUAAAUUUGAUUUGACAGAACCUUCCUAUGAGCUGCAGAAGAGUCAGCUGUGGGAUGACUUACCGUCCAUUUCUGGAGUCCAGCAAGAAGUAGUAAGACAAGCAAGGGCCUUCCUCUCUUUUGGAAAGAUGCCAGAGAUUCAGAUCAGCAGGCGCAAAUCCAGCGGAGAGAAGUCAUGGCUUUGGUUUGCGACAGUCAAAUCUCUCAUAGGGAAAGGGGUUAUGUUGGCUGUCAAUCAGGGGAGAGUUGUGACCAACGUGCUCAACAUUGCCAAUGAGGACUGCAUCAAAGUUGCAGCCGUCCUGAACAACGCCUUUUAUCUUGAGAAUUUGCACUUCACCAUCGAGGGAAAAGACACUCACUAUUUUAUCAAAACCAGCUCAUCAGAAAUUGACCUUGGCACUCUCAGGUUGACAAGUGGACGCAAAGCUCUGGAGAAUGGCAUUAAUGUCACAGUCUCUCAGUCCACCACAGUGGUGAAUGGUAGAACUCGCAGGUUUGCGGAUGUGGAAAUGCAAUACGGGGCCUUAGUACUACACGUGCGCUACGGAAUGACCCUGGAUGAGGAGGAAGCCCGCAUAUUAGAGCAGUCCAGACAACGAGCCCUCUCAAGUGCAUGGGCAAGGGAGCAGCAAAGAGUGCGCGAUGGUGAGGAAGGUGCCAGACUGUGGACAGAAGGGGAGAAACGACAGUUGCUAAGUGCUGGAAAAGUACAAGGUUAUGAUGGGUACUAUGUACUCUCUGUAGAGCAAUACCCAGAGUUAGCAGACAGUGCUAACAACAUACAAUUUCUAAGACAAAGUGAAAUAGGAAAGAGGUAACAAACUGCUCAUUAUCAGUUGCCAAAGAGUCUAUGGCUGUUCCCCCACUAGGGAGACAGAGCUGUGUUGCUGCACAUAGCUACAACAGAGUAAACGUAGGAACAGAACUAUUACUUAUGCCUUAACAAGGCCGUGACACAGAUUUCUGUUGCACAACCUUGUUGGACUCUGCAAGAAAAGGAGCCAAGGAGAAGAGUGGUAGUUAAUAAAAGCAAGAACUUUUUUUUAAAUAAAAUUACCUUAAAAGGUGAUCUGCUUUAAAAACAAUUUGUUUACAUAUGCAUAUCACUGCACUCAGCUGGACUAAUAUGUGUAAAGGCCUAUUGGUUUUCUUACUAGGCAAUGUCUAUAACCAGAUCUUUGUUUUCAUUUUAAAUGGUUGACCUUUGCUUUAAAAAAAAAAGUAGUCUCGCUCUUAAUAGGAACUGAUGUAUCUCAGUUAGACGCAAAAACUGGGAAAAUACUGCUGUUAAUAAAUCAAAUUGCUUCUACUGUGCUGCUUUAUAAAAGGACAUUGCUGCCAGUGAAAUGCUACAGAUAUCAAAUAUCGAUAUCAUGAUUUGCCUUUAAGAGAAAACUAAGAAAAUAACUGAUAAACAAAAUCAUGUCUUACAAAGCAAAAAGGAAAACCCAGACUUUUGUAAAUGAUGUGAGACAAGUUGUUUAUGGAUUUUUUUUUAUAUGAAUUCCAAUUAAGUAUUCAUCAAUUAUUAGUCUCGGAGGAGUUAAUUUAUGUAAAGUGUUUAUACAUAAAAAUAAAAUCUGAAAAAUAAUGGGGAUUUUAUUUGUCACAUUUGUGGUUGUUUACACCUUGCACACUAUUGGAUUUAUAGUCUGUUAUUGAUUUAUUUUAAUUGGAUUUAUGGUCCGUUCAUACAAACCAAAUCAAAAUCAACAAUUAAAAACAAUAGUUUGUAGUAUUUAGUUUAUAGUUUUGCCUGCCUCACAACUCAUGCUAUAAAGUGUACUAACCAAGGUUUAAAUUCCAACUGUUAACACCAUUAUAAACUUGUGACAUUGGGAAUGAUUUGCAAAGACUGUAGAAUACUGAUGAAGCUGUGUCUGAUCAUAAGAAAGCAUCAUUUGCUAAAAUAAACGGGAUGGCCACAAUUCCCAUAUACCAGAAGUGCCCAACCAGUGGGCUAUGAGCAAAUCACAGGCCCAUGAAAUAUUCCCAAGCUAAUGCAGCUUUCUACACAAAAUUGUCUCCCCUGAUGAAGGCACAGCCUCAUGAUGUGGAGGGAGUCGUGCAGUCAGAGGAAGUUUAGGCUUGAUCGUGGUA